AUGAAGAUCCUUUUGUCGGCUUGGAAGAUGAUUCAAAAUGAGCGCAGAGGGGAAACACAUGUUGCAAGACAUUUGACGGGCGCCGGUUCGGCCAGAAUACUGUAUGAUUCUCGUAAAACCCGCAAAUGUACAUCGGAUAUGAGGCUCGUAAUUGAUGGACGCCUCCGACGUCUUCAUUCGGCCCGUUGAAAUCAGCCGCGAAAUGAUUAAGACCAGAGCUUGUGAAUCUAAGGUCGUAUGUAUGAAAUAGAAAAGUAUUCUUGUAGGAAAUGAAUCUGGUUUGAAGUUACUUUUGUAAGUUAUAUAUACAUUCAUAUAACUUUCAUUAACGGUAUAGUGAAAAAUAUAUUCCCCUUACUAAGAAACAUUUUCAACCUUGAGGUUGAACUUUUGAUGAAACUUUACUGAAGUGUACUUCAGGACCUCCUGAUUGGAACACAAGAAAAAAAUUUCUCGUAAUAAAUCUGCUUUUUCGAGUUAGGGCGCUUCAAAAAAAGCUUAAAUUAGCACAUUUUUUUGGGGGGUUAAAAAAGUUUUCCCAGUUAGCAGAUCAAAAGCCAGGGGAAUUUUCCAACUUAAAAAAACUUCAUCUUGUAUACGAAGAAAUGCUUUUUUUCGUGAAGAAGAAAAAAAAAGUAUAAUUAGCCCUUCAAUGGAUGGUCGUUACAUCAUAAGAGGUUCAAAAAAGAGCAGCUUACGAGGUAGCCAUUAUCGCCGGAGGUGAAUGAGCUGACCGAAUGGCUUUUGGGACACCUGCGGGAGUCGCACAAGGGAAAUGAUCGAAGGAUCUUGCUCUGAGAUAGCCUGAAGACGUAGUUGCAGAGUCCGCGAGCCGCCGAAGCCCGCCACGUCGACGAAUCCUUCGAAACGACACCGCGAGAGGUUUCGGAGGCUCUCUUCGAAAAUGUCUUCUUUUCAGAUUGAACGGCGAGCUCGAGAUGGUGGCCCUGCUCCUUCCUUACGACCCCACGACCAUCUCGAGACUUGACAAACUUUCUGUUCUUCGUCUUGCCGUCAGCUUCCUUCAGUGCAAGGCUCAUUUUCAAGGUUUUUUUCCUAGUUUUCAAAACUUCCUGCUUUUUGAAACAUACUGGAAAACUCUUUUUUGAAAGUGUUAUGAAGUUCUCGAUUAAAAAAAAUCCUUAAACUGUCAAAGAAACAAAUACUUGCGACUUCUGAAUGCCUCAAAAAUUGUUGGGAAAAUUUUUAGUGGUUACUAUAGAGGCUCGCCGAGGACUACUUGGGGAGGACACUAAAGUGGACACUGUAGAGAUUCUCUAUUUAGUGGCCACUUCAGUAGUUUUUCAUCCAGUUUUCCUUCCAGUAACUCUAAUAAUUUUAAGACAAACAUAUUGGACCAGUCAUGUUGAUCCAUUGACCCCUAAAGUGGCCACUAACAUUUUUAGUGGUCUAGUUGUAGCACUUAGACCUCUAUAGUGGCCACUAAAACGUCAAAACCCUAUAGUAACCACUAAAAUGUUUCCCAGUAAGGCCAUUAAGAGGAACUAUCUGUAAAAAGUAAACAUGUUUAAAAAAAAAGAAGAAAACACAGGCGGUGUCUCUUUCGGGCUGAGCAUUCCCUUGUGGCGCAACUCGGUAUGUUUGCAGGAUACCUGUCUGUCAGGCCAUUGUUGACGCGCUCGUUAGAUCACGGCCAAGGGAACCUUAGUUGACGGGUUCUUCAUAUCGCAGCGAAGGUGGCAAUUUUCUGACGAAUGCGCGAUUCUCGGGUUCAUAAGGAAAUUAUAGAGAUACCGUAGCUGUGGUAGUGUUAGUCGAAAAAAAAGGAGAAUGCUUCUGAUAAUUGUUGGCCCAAGUGUUGUCGUUCCCAUCUCGACUAUUCUUCUCUCAAGAUUUCGAAGCUGUGGAGGAGGCUCUCUACGCGGACAGCCCAUUAAUUGUUGCCUGCAAAACUACCGUAGACCCCCUUGCUUCCAUCUUUUAUUCAGUCGUUAGACGUCACGAGAAUCCUCAACCCAAAUAAUCUCACCUUCUCCGGAUGAAUGAAUAAUUCCUUCAACUUUGGCUGUCAGAAAACAUGACAAGCGUAGAAAAGACGGCAGAAGGUGUGAAAAGAGUCCUCCUCAUGGAGGUGUAAGCGAUACGCCGCAGUUGUCCCUAUUUGACAAGGAGAACGUGCCCAUUAAUGUCACGUAUUGCAUGUCGACCGAAACGGUCAGUAGACAGACGACGAAGAUUGUGGGAAUUCCGACUCCCGCAAAAAAGGUUUCCUUUAACUAGGUGUACAGGUUACCACUCGGGAUUCAAACAAAAUUGAAUCAAAGUUAUGAUAUUUCGCAGAAGUCUUGACGCGAACUAUUCACUUCUUAAGUUUAUUAUAAAUUUAUAAUUAACAGAGUGUUCAAAGUAUGAUCAGAAACAUCUUUUUCAACUUGAUAAGGUAAAGCUCAUGAUGAGUAGGAAUGAAACUUGGUCUAAUCUGUUCGUCAUGACUUGAAAUGAUCGGAAAUUUCUCUUUUUCAUCACCGGUUCCCUUUGAAAGCGGCUCCGAAUAAACUGAACGAACACUCAAUCGAAUGAAAAAGUAUCAAUUUUGUUCUGAAAUACCCAUAGUUGCUCUAGAAACGACAGUUUUUAAAUAGCGUGAAAAGUUAUUUUGUUCAACUGACUAAAAUCUCUUGUCAUAGGAUUCCCAAAGCGGUCCCUAUAGUGAUUAGGGGUAAAACAGCCCAUGUUAAGGGCCGAAAAAGUGGUUCCUGUAGGGGUAAAGUCAAGGUGAUCCCUAGGGGGUUUAGGGUCUGACCCCUUAGUCCCUAAAGCUUUAGUGGUCCAUAUAGGGGUCUCUCAAAUUCAUUCAAAAAAACGAUUAUUUUUUUAAUUUUUCGCAUGGAAAUGCUUCUUCUCAUAGAUUAUACAAAAUUUAUUCACUUUUGCAAGCUUUAGUGGCCCUUAUAGGUUAUAGGGUUUAGUAAAGUGGUUCCUAAGGUUGCUCCCGUUGGAACCGCUCUGGAGUUCCUAAGGUUAUCAAUUAUAGUAAGAAGUUUCAGCGUGUAUGCACAGCUCGUCUUUCCUGUCGCCGUACCCGAUGGCGACUCAUGCCUUCGCCUACAAUCCGCAGCCGCCGGCGCCUUACUCCUCCAAGGUCCCGACCGUGUUCGACGUCCGGACAUCCAGUGCACUUCUCGACGCCGAGGAAUCCGACUUCGAGCUUAUUAGUCUCAAGGUAGUUUUGGUAGCUUUGAACCGUUCAAUUUCUUCACAGGCCCUAGGCGGAUUCAUUUUGGUGAUCAAUGAUAACGGCGAAAUUUACUACGCCUCGGAAAACGUCGAAGAUUUUUUGGGGUUUCAUCAGGUAAGACUGUAAAAUAGGUAACGAUUUACAAAAAAUAACUGAUUAGAGCGACAUUCUCCACCAGCCUCUGUAUGACUUGAUCCACUCGGAAGAUCGCGACGACAUCCGACAGCAAAUAGACGUCAAUUUCCACAUGCCUUCUGGGAGCAACAGUCACUCCGAUCUGUACAACCCAGGUUGAAUUUUACUUUCUGAUAGAAAAUGUUCAAGAGGUUUUCAAUCAGAGUCAAUAGGUGCAUGAAAAAUGAAACGUUUUGGGUGUUAUAAGCGUUACGAGUUUAUAGUUUGAUUGACUUCAGAAAACUUGAAAUACCUGGAGAGAAACGCCAACGCGAGGUUUCGAUGUCUAUUGGACAACACUUGUGGCUUUCUGGUUGGUAGGCCUUCCAGGAAAGUCACUGCGUCCGUUUCAGAGGAUCGACAUCCGCGGGAAACUGAUGUCGCUGCACGGACUGCCGUCCUCCUACGUCAUGGGCCGCUCAAAUCCCGGAGCCGUCCUCGGACUCAUCGCCGUCUGCACGUGAGCGCUUUGAUUAUCGCAGAUGGGUAUAGUCGCGGAUCAAGUAUAGCGUAGAAGUUCUGAGAAAGUCGAUGAACUGCGGUGAAGCGUUUGUAUAGUCUGUGUACCAUGACUUGGAAUUUCACCGAACGACAUUCCGCUGUUCCGCCGGGCGCCUUUGCGAAUCUCGGUCGCGCUUUCAGUUUUUUCUUUCAUUCAAGUACUCGCAGUGGAACGAUCCAUUUAUCAACAAUAAAAAUAGUCUGGAAGGGUGACCUAGAUCCGCAAAGGCAAAGAUGCUUCGCGACCGCAAGCAGCGGAACGUCGUUCGGUGAAACUUCAAGUCCACAGUGUUCCAAAAGAGACGGCGGCAAGCGAAAAAAAAAGGUCGUCGCAAUAGGGCGAAAACGCGAGUUUUUUCUAACGCAACGCGGUGCGGCGCGUGUCGCCCCCACAAAAUUUCAUUCACUUUUAAUACGGUUUUUUCUCUUUUUCUUGCAUAUUUUACCAUUCUUUCGUAUUUUUUCACAUCGUAUGUGUUCUUAAAACGUGUUUAUCGCGUUUUCCAGAGAUUUGAAGUGAUUUUCGAUUGUUCUCGUCACAGAAAUUCGCAUUAAAAUGACAUUUUUGAUGGCAACUUAUUUCGCAUAAGAUAUUUCGUUUGUUUUUUUGUUUUAGAAUUUUCAAAUGGGCUUUCUUAAGAGAAACGCUGUGAUAUUUUUUUCUCAAAAAUUUUUCGAGGCAGUAUGCGACGAAUUUAUUCUUGAAAAUGUCAUUUUUGGGUGACAACUUUAUUCGCACAAGCUAUUAUGUAUCUGUUUUUGUUUUAAAACGUUCAAAUGGUAUUUCUUAAGAGAAGUGCUGUGAGCUUUUUCUCACUUUUUCCCUUUGGAAGUUCGAUUUGACGGGUUUUUCCUAAAAAAACGGUAUUUUGGGAGAUAUUUUGUUUUGCAAAAACUUUUUCGUCUCUUUUUUCAUUUAAAUUUGUUCGUUAUAAUCUAAUACACAUUAAAAAUCUUUAAAAACUUGCGAGAACCUAGGAAAAACAUUAUUUAAUGGUCUUUUUCCAACCACUAAAUCCACAAAACUUGACUCUCAUCCCCGCGCCCCUAUUGCAAUAAACCGUGCCGCUGUUGCAGUCAGCCACGCCUACUGACCACAGCUGCCGCUCGUUUGGGAACAUUGUGAGUCGUGGCACACACACUAUACAAGAAUUUCAAACUUCGUUUUGAGAGUUAAAAUUAUCAGCACAGUUACUAGACGUAAUCGGUAAACUUUUAGACUAGUUACUCUGAGGCUCCGCCCAUCACUGGGUUACGGUAGGACUUUUAGGGAAAUUUUCUAACUUUUUUAUGUACAAAAUUUGUACAUGUAGAAAUGAGGGUGGGUUUUAUCGGUUCAUGCCGUCUAAUUAGGAAGACAAUUUUACUCCGAAUAUCCUGAAAACUGGCCAGAGUACUCAUUGGGGUAGUAGAUGAAGAUUUUGAAAGUCUCAAUCUGCAAAAGUUUCUGGUUUUCGAGAAAAAGAAGUUGAAAAGGGUCGUCAAAAAGCCUUAAAGUAGGCCGUUUGAGAGCUUCAAGCCUCUAUUUUUCAAAAAAUAUAACGUUGUGCGGGUUGAGACUUUCAGAACCUCCACCUACCAAAGUUAGCUUAUAGAAAAUGAGAAUCCCGAGUUGUCGGAGAAAACUUCACGGCUUCGGUUUCAUAAAUACCACUAAAAAGAUUCGAACUUUUUUUGCUUGAAAUAAAAACUUCCCUGCAGGCCUUUUGUUCCUCCUUCAACCUCGGAAGUCUCUUCGGAAGACCUCAUACUGAAAACAAAGCAUCAUCUGGACGGUGCACUCGUCUCAAUGGAUCAAAAGUUUGACAACCAAUCAAACAGAAAGAAAAAGACUUUUCAAGAGUCUACGAGAUGUUGGAACUGACAGAAGCCGAUCUGCCGGCGCCUUUAUAUCAGCUAGUACACGUCGAGGACGCUGUCUGCAUGGCUGAAGCACACAAAGAAGGUUUGGCGACGCUAAUUACCCUGGAAAACCAUGUCUUUAGUCAUCAAAAAUGGAUCAUCGGGGCUUCUGGUCUAUCGGCUUGUGAGCAAAAAAACCUCGCGCGUUUAUUUUGUGCAGAGCUCCUGCCGAAUGUUCUACAAAAACGGCAAGCCAGAGUCCAUCGGCCUAACGCACAGAUUAUUGAGGUAGUUUUUUUUAGUUUUGGUUUUCAAUCUUGUUUUCCAAAAAAUUUCUUCUUCUCUUUCUUCUUACGCCCUUGUACCGCUCGGCGCCUCAAGUCAAUGAGACAAGGUCCUAUUCUGAUAUCAUUGAUGAUCAGAAGACUCGAACUUGUGACCCUUCGGACCGUAGAUGGGCACUCAACCUGUUUCGCCGCGAUUUUCCAAAAUCUUUGAAUGAGUGAGCAAGUUUCAGUGAAGUGGAAGGAACGACACUGUUGGAGAAGAGGAGCUCCCUCAAAGCGAAGCUUCUCUCUUUCGACGACUCUUUCCUGCAGUCGCCUCGGAACCUUCAGUCCACCGCUGCCUUGCCUUUGCCCAUCGCACAUAGCGUCAAAGAAAACGAGGGCUCUAGGUGCAUUCUUUCCCAUAUCCUUCAGAAAACAAUCGCUUUAAAGUUCGGAGCAAUAUUCGACCGACCUUCAAUCGGCUUGUGCCCCGAGGCUCAAAAAGAGAAAGGAAGAAAACGGGGUAAUCAUCAACAUUUUCGCACGAGGUCAACCGAAAAUUCAAAUUUUGCAGGUGAAUCCGUUAGCGUUAGCACCCACAGCCAUUAUCCCUGCCCCAAAAAUUUAUUUGGACCAAUGGAGAGUUCUACCUGUUAGUUUUAACACGUCUCUGUGGUCACCGGUUUCGAUAUUCAACCUCAGGGACCGUUUGAACUACCACCGUUUGGAGUUCCUACAGCUCUCCCAGGAGAAAUCCCUGCUCAUCCAUCUGAAGCCUGGGGCGCUGAUAGUUACCUCAACUAUUCACCUCAUAGUAAGUAAAGCUGCUUUUUUUUAUGAACAACAAUGUUUUGAGAAACUUUUCCGAACCUCAUGGUUUUUUUUUUUCUCACCAUACGGACCCAUAAUUGUGAUAAUAUGGCUCGGCUACUUAAAAAUUAGUUUCGAGUUAUAGUCUGUGUGCCACGACUUGAAAUUUCACGGAACGACACUCCGCUGUGCCGCUGCGCGCCUUUGCGAACCUUGGUCGCGCUUUUGAACUUUUUUUCUUUUAUUAAGGUACUCUACUUUCAUGUGCUCCCACAGCAAUAAAAAUCAAUUGAAAGCGUGACCUAGAUCCGAAAGACGCUUCGCGUACGCACGAAGCGGAACAGCGGAAUGUCGUUCCGUGAAAUUCCAAGUCGUGGCACACAGACUAUAUAUAACUUCAAAAAUCUUCCUAGUACCGUACCCUCCACUUUCUCUGACGCACUGUACACCGUAUCCAGAAAUGUCCGGGGUCGCUUAUCAAUCUUGGCAGCAAUACGGUAGGUUAACCACAUCGGAAAAAGUCAAAAUCUGCUUUCUCAGGGAUUACACAUUCAGAAGCUUGUCAUUUGAACCAACCCGCAGCUGUGCAUGAUCCAGUUCAACCUGUAGAUCAUGCGGCAAAACAGCCUCAGGAAUAUACGGAAAACUCGAAAGUAAGUUCUUGUUUAUAUUAUUCGAAUAAAUCCGUUCAGGAACCAUAUACUUACACCCAACUUUAGUCCAAUUUUCAACUAUUUUCUUAUUUUCAACCACAUCCCUUAUUGAUAAUUAUCGUUUAUUUUAUAUGACUGAACAGAGGUUGAUCACAGCCUUCUAUCGAAGAUAGGAUUAUGAUUCGAAAUUUCAGUUCUAUCAAUAUGCGCAACCUUUCUCCGUUACCGAUGGAUCUGUUCACGACGCCCUACAAAGUAAUCAUCCGUCUGGUUUUAGCUUGAUCUCUGAAGUCACGAAUCUUCUAGGAAAUGAAUAAAAUAAACUUUUUCUUAUUUCUUUGCAUGAAAAGUUAUCAUUUUACCUUCCGACUUUUGGAUCUGGGAAGUCCAUACUGUGAUACUAUUUCAAUGUUUCGUACCGAAAAACCAAAACGUUGUAUAUAAAAAUUCCAAUCAUAAAGCGACCCUCUGCUCCGUGACGUCAUCACUAUGACUCAUCUCAGCUUGACACUUUGCAUAAAUAUUAUUUCUUUUACAGAUCACGUUUUACGUUAUUUCAUAAAAUUCGUCGUGUGAACUUUUCAUGACAUCAGAUUUCAUAAAAACGCAAUUAUUUCGGCCAAAAAGGCAAAUUUUUCUACGUAAAAUGAAUAAAUACAUGACAUAAAUAUUUUGAUUCACGUAUUUCUGGUUUUCGAGACGGCCCUAUAAAUUGACGUCCCGAGCAGCGGUUUGCGUUUUGACUAAAUAAAUCUGUCUAUCAAAAAAAUUUAUUGAGAAAAAUUUAUGGAAGAUUCCAAACCCUACGCUAAAUGACCUUCCAUGUCAGCAGUAGUUUAGCCACUUUCUUUUUUUGAGGUUUUUUUCGUUAAUUUUUUUAAUUUUUCUAGUUUUGAACAGAUUCAGUUAAACGAAUAAAAAGUACACAAACAUUAAAAAAACUUACUUAAUUAUUUUCAUUUUGUCAUCCUUGCGUUUGUCCUCGAUUUCCCGCUAAAAAAAAAGUCGCGUCGCAUCAACUAGAAAGUAGAACUGUGCUUUAAUCAAUUUUCUCCAUGCCUGUAAUGCUCAAAAAGAAAAACUCGACUUCAUCAUUUUUUCAAAUUUCCCAUUUAAAUGAGCACCACAGUUCAGACUUACUAGGACCUGUCUGGUUUGUACUGCGCCGUCUCCGCUGGCCAUACUAGACCAUUUUUGACCAUUCUUUCUAUGUAAUAAAAUUAAAAAGGCUAUUUCCGACAUUAAUAGAUGAAAAAUUACAGAAAUAAAAAGACUUUUUCUCUUACUAAAGACGCUUUUCCCAAAUUAGGCCAUUUUUUUAAGAGUUUCAAGCCGAAUCAAUGCGAAAAAUUUAAUUGCGAAAAAAAUGCGAAAAAUUUAAUUUUUAAAUUCAAUUUUUAUCAUUAAAUGUUCUAAUUCUGUUUUUUUCUUCAAAUUUGUCCAUUUUUUUCCUUUCAAAAAAACUCAUUAUUAACGAAGAUAUCGCCCGAAAAACCGUGAAUAGUGUAUGCACAUUUUUAACCUACAGUGUGCCAAACCGGACCGGCUCAACAGAGUAUGCGAGUUAGCGCCGUGCUGUGUUUGCACCAAAGACGUCAUAUAUCACGAAAUUUGUGGGGUCUCAUCUUUGCGAAGAUGCUUGCGCAGGCUUUUUUGAAGAAAAUUUUAAUGGCGUGUUCAUCGGAGAAACGGAACAUGCUUCAAAACAAAAAAUCGUGUUCAUUGGCGCGCCAAAGUUGCUCCAAAACAGUACUAGUUUUUGUUUUGAAGCAAUUUUUUUGCGUUUCGAAGCAAUUUUCGUUUUGUCCGAUGAACACACCAUAAAUUCCAUUAAAAUAUUUCAAUCCUCAAAAUUUUCGACCAAACAGUUUUUUAUUCUGCGUGAUUCUGCGGAGGUGCGGGUUUUUAGGUUUUUAGGUUUUUACUUUUUAUUUGUUUGUUGUUAAUCUCGAGUGCAUAAUCCCUUAGAAAGUAGUGCGAAAGAGGAAAAUUGAAAAAUUUUCAGUUUCUAGAAAAGACGGCGCAGUGUAAACCAGAAGGUUGCCUCGCGCCGGACGCCUUUGAACAGUGCUGAAAAGGCACUUCCUGAUGAUCGAGUAUAUCGAUUUCGUUAUCAUUACUUAUUUCGAACACGACGGUUCCUCUCUUACUGAAAAUUUCGUCCAAUAGGAAUGCCGUGGGGGUUACAUUGGGACAAUUUUUAUAAAAGGAACUCGCGCUCUGUUGCACAUUUCAACCGCUAUGCAAGCCUGGGCACUGGUAUUUUAGGCGGCAGACGGCAUUUCGCGUUUCUCCUUUUUCCCUAGUUGGUCAAAGGAAUAGUGCGUCACCGUGAACUCUUAUCACUAGGACGUAUUCGCAAAACUUUUAUUCUUUGUGGAAUCCUUUGAAAACGGUUACCAGCUUGAAAAUGCUUGGAAAAAGUAACUCUUUGCUAUUAUUAUUAUUUUUUGGAAACCUUGAAGGCGAAUAAAACCGCAGAAGCAAAGAAUAAACUGUUUGAAUUUAUUUUAAAUUUAAGGGAAAAACGUUGAAAAACUUUAAUGCAUUACUUCCAAAAAAAUUUCGAAAUUAAAAAUUUUUUUCAGCCCGGACGUAAAUUGAAAAAUUUUUUUGUCUCUUAUUAUGAAGUCUCUUCAAAAAUCUUCGUUUCAUUUGAGAGAAUGGGAAUAUAAGUAGUGUAUCAAAGUUUUCUCUAUCCCAUUUCCUAAUAAAGAAACUUUCGUAUCGAUAUCGCUUUACGGAAAGUUUGAAAAAAAUAUUUUCAUACUUUAUGAAAAAGCUGCAUUUUGAUGUUUUUAUGACUGCAAAAUGUUUAUUAGUGUUAAAUGUGCUUUGCUCUCGAGUCACACAAACAUCAUGUGAUCACCAUCACGUUUUUCACAUUUCUCAACCAUUUUCUCCGAAAUCUUUGUCAUUUCUCUCGCGCUUUUAUAUUUCUGAACCAUUUUCUCCGGAAUUUUUUCCAUUUCUCUCGCGCUUGCGCUGUUUUAGUUGGUUUGCAAACUUCUUUACAACAGUUCCGCAGUUAUUUUAAAUUAUUCGAUGAUUUCAUUUUUGAAGAAGAUUUCUCAAUGUUUAUGAAUUUUAUGUUACUUUCGGGAGGAUUUUCAACCCACCUGGGGUGAAAACAUGCAAAAAUAAUUUUAUCAACAAUAUAUUGCUGCCUUUUUUCUUUUCUUAAAGUCUACGUUUCAAUACUCAAAAAAGAUCAAGCUUAAAUUUCGUUCAGCUUCGAUAUACUAUUGCGAAACUAUUUGAAUUAUAGUUCUUAUACCAAGUUCCAGGUGUCCUGUAGAAGUCAUCAUGACGGCGGAAACUGGAAACGAGAGAAAGAUUAAACUGACAUCGUCGGAUAACGAAGUUUUCGACGUGAGUUUUUUUUUUAUUUUGAAGGGGAACGACUGAAAAGAAAAAUUUUCAAAUCUUCAAUUUAAUGCGGAGCCAUCUUCCAUCAUGAUAGAUACAAAGUUCCAUUCUAAAUAAUUUUUUUAUUAGCGUUUUAAAUUUUUAAGUAUUUUUCUUCUAUUCUGUUUUAAAAUCAUAAAAAAGAUGUAAUUUUUUGAAGGUUCCAAGAGAUGUGAUUCGUCUAUCCAACACCAUCAACACGCUUUUGCAAGAUCUCGGCCUGGAUGAUAGCGAAGAAGAUACUACCGAAGCGAUCCCUGUGUCUAAUGUGUCUUCUCCUAUUCUCAAAAAGGUUUUUCACAUCGAUUAACUUUUUUAAAUCUUAAAUAUUUCGAAAUCGUGGUUAGACUAGAGCUUUUUUUGAGAAAAAAAGUCGGAAUAAUCUUGGAAGUUCAAAAACAAAAAAACUUUACAAAUAGAUAUGAAUCGGUUGUCUUUUUUCUCACCAAGAUUUUUUGAUUUUGUUCGUACUGAAAGCUUCUCGAUUAGAAUUAAACGCUUAGAUCUUCAAUGCUACGUAGAAGUUCCAAAUUAUUUUCGAAGCGGUAGUAGGUAGAUUGAAGUUUUUUUUCUAUAUUUGUUGGCUUCAUAUAAUCUUAUCUAAUGUACUUUUUAGGUGCAAAAAUCCAAAAAGUUAGUACGUAUAGUUGAUACUGUUACAAAGUGAUCCCGCGAAGCUCAAAAUAGCCGUCAGAGAGCGAAGAAAAUAUCUAAAUUUUGGAAAGUCAGAGAUCAUCAUCAUCAGUUUAUAUAAAAUUGUAUUUCGUGGAAUCAACUUUGAAAACCGCAUGAUAUUUGAGCGUCACCGAGAGCUUUUCAGGUCAUUCAGUGGUGUCAGCAUCACCGGGAAGAUCCCCUGCCUACCGAAGAUUCGGACAACCGCGAAAAGCGUACUGACGACAUCAACAGUUGGGAUGUCGAAUUCCUGAAAGUGGACCAAGGAACCUUGUUCGAGCUCAUCCUGGUUAUCUUUUUUUUUGAGCUCUGAAUAAAACAAGAAUUUUUGAGGCUGCCAAUUACUUGGAUAUCAAGGGGCUGCUCGACGUCACUUGCAAAACCGUCGCCAACAUGAUCAAGGUUUUUCUUUGGAAGCUUAGUGCAGAAAAAAAAAAUUGUUUAUCGAAAAUUAGAUCGAAUGAGGGGAAUGAUGGUUUAUGAACUGAUUUAUAUGUGUCGUACUCUGAAUAUUUUCAUAUUCUGAAGCUUGAAGAAUAUUGAAACUUCCAUGAAACGGACUAAAACGUCCCCCACUUUUUGAAAUUGACAACGACGAGAAAAACUUUCAGGGAAAAUCGCCCGAGGAAAUCCGUCGCACUUUCAACAUCAAGAACGACUUCACCCCGGAAGAAGAGGAGCAGAUCCGCAAGGAAAAACGCUUGGUGCGAGGAUUAAAGCAAUUGCUUUUUAUUGCGAGAUAUACAUAUUUAUAUAUUUCUGUCUGUUUUCUUUGGAACAUUUAACGUUCUUGUUUUAAUUGCCUUUGGAAUAAAUUCCACCGUUUCGAAUUGGGUGACAAAAUUCUAUAAAAGCAACUAAUAUUUCAGUACUUCCAAUUUUCGCCACUGACGACAUCAAAAAGCAAAUUCGUUUAUUAA